AUGGCGUCUCGAAUUGCCCUGUUACUGUCCAUACUCGUCGUCGCCACGAUCGUAUUGGCCUCACCAUAUUCACCGACAUACGAUUAUGGCUUCGACAUGAGGAAGCUAUCCAAACGCCAGGCGGAGCAACCCAUCAUUGUCGCCAAGUUGCCCUCUGUCAACGGUACCGUUCCUGUCCGGCAAGAGAUCAGGCAGAUGAAACAGAACCCCUUUAAAUGGAACCUGUUCCUCCUUGCAUCCAGUAUGUUACAGUACACGGACCAGGACGAGGAGCUAUCGUGGUACCAAAUUGCUGGUAUUCAUGGUGUUCCCUUUGUUCCUUGGAAUGGCGUCCCAGGUGUGGCAGGGGGCGAGGACAGAGGCUAUUGCACGCACAUGUCUGUUCUGUUCCCAUCAUGGCACCGUCCGUAUCUUGCACUGUACGAGUUGAUUGCCUCGUGGUUCCCAGACCCUACCGAACGUGUCUUAUACCAAGCGGCUGCAGACGACUUUCGCAUUCCGUACUGGGAUUGGGCUACGCCGCCGCCACUGGGGGAAACUACCUACUUGCCCGAAUUCGAGGAACCUGGAAUCCAAGUGAAUGGUCCGAAAGGAUGGCAGUUCAUUGCAAACCCGCUGUAUAGUUACAAGUUCCGACCGCUGGAUCCAGACGUUUUUUCUCAAGGCGACUUCCCGCGUUGGACACAGACUAUGAGAGCGCCCUUCGAGACAUCAGACAAUCACAGCGUUGCACACGCGAUUGAGCAUGCGAGACCAGCGCUUGAACAACGGCUGUACACAAUUUUGUCGAACUACAAGGACUACGGACCUUUCAGCAACAAAUACUGGGGCACCGCAACAAACCAAUCCCAAUAUGACUCCAUAGAGUCGCUUCACGAUGCCAUGCAUGUCCUGGUUGGCAACCGAGGCCAUCUCUUCUAUAUUCAAUAUUCGGCAUUCGAUCCUGUUUUCUUUCUCCACCAUACGAUGGUAGAUAGAAUCAUUGCAAUGUGGCAAGUCCUGUAUCCAACGUCAUGGGUAACUCCCCAAGUUGCAAUGGAACACUCCUUCACAAUGCCGCCAGGAUACGUUCAGGAUAUAUUUACGGAACUCAAGCCCUUCUACGCAGAUACAAACGGCACUUUCUGGAAUUCAGCAAUGGCAAGAGAUAUCUUGGCCUUCGGAUACUCGUAUGCUGAGAUCAGCUCUAGUCCUGGGAAUGAUCUGGCCGAAGACCAGGCGCGCCUCAUAGGAAUCAUCAACCGGCUUUACGGAUCUUCUAGCCCCUCAAAUUUGGCCCAGGAGCGGGAAAGAUCCACUGCGGGGAUGGAUAAGAGUGCUCUUGCGCAGGCUCCGAAAAGGACUAUCCCAAGUAGCCAUGUCACGGACUUGUUGACAAAUCCAGAACUCGUUGCCAAAGUGGUUACGGAAGAUAACGUAUACACCGAAUGGGUUGCCAACAUACAUGUCAAGAAUGGGGCUCUGAAUGGCUCUUUUGUUGUUCAUUUCUUCCUCGACGAUGCCCCCAAAGACAUUAGCUCUUGGACAGCUGCACCAAAUUUUGUGGGAUCGAUGGCGGUAUUUGCGAUGAAGAACAUGGACUCGGGUAGCCAUAUAUCCGGGACUGUUCCUUUGACGUCCGCUUUGAUGCACCUGGUAUUGACGGGAGCCCUCUCUGGACUUGAUCCUAAGGACACUGGGCCUUACCUUGAAGAGCACCUCCGAGUUCGUGUUGUCGGCGAGGAUGGAGUUGAGAAAUCCGUAAACACCAUUGGAAGCCUACACAUCCAGGUUGCGAGCUCACAAGUGAGAGCAGCGAGGAACAAUUCUGAGCUCCCAAGUUGGGGUCCUGUGGUGGAAAGGUUUGUGUUGCAU